AGCGAGAGUUCUCUUCGCAUCUUCUGUUCUGCCACUCACUCAACUGUCAGUAGGAUGCUCUGCUCUCCAUAGUAUACUGACUUCCAAAGGUUUCGGGAUUUCAGAUUUCUGAAAACCACCCAUUUCGAUUCUCCUCUCCCCCGCUCCGCCUCUCCAUUGUUUCAUGAAAAGAAACCAGUAAUGGAGGUGAUUCACUCUGCUCCCCGCUCCCUAUUCCUUCCCGGCACAGACUCCUUGGCAAGAGUAAGAACGACGCCGAAAGCCACUCCACCUCCCAAUUUCGGCACAUUCCACGAUGCUCCUCGGAAUUCCUCCCGGCCGAUCGUCGUCUGUGUAGCGAGGAAGGCGAGCGUGGAGAUCAAAGAACCCAGCUUGGUGAUCCGAGAGCGGCAAUUGGGGAAGUUUCAGGUCUCCGAAGGGCAUCCCGCUCCGUUUGGUGCCACCGCUCGGGACGGCGGCGUCAACUUCUCUGUAUAUUCUUCCAAUGCCGUCGCCGCAGCUCUCUGCUUGAUUUCUCUGUCUGAUUUGUCCAAGGGUAGAGUGACGGCGGAGAUCCCUCUCCACCCAGUUGCGAACAAGACAGGCGACAUUUGGCAUGUGUUCCUGAAAGGGGAUUUCAAAGAUAUGCUGUACGGUUACCGUUUUGAUGGGAAGUAUGCUCCUGAACAAGGACAUUACUUUGAUCCCUCCAAGAUUCUUUUGGAUCCUUACGCAAGAGCAGUUGUAUCCAGAGAUGAAUUCGGGGUUGUAGCUCAGAAGGACAAUUGCUGGCCCCAAAUGGCCUGCAUGAUACCCUCCGGUGAAGACGAGUUUGACUGGGAAGGAGACUUGCCAUUGAAGCUUCCCCAGCGAGAGCUGCUAAUAUAUGAGAUGCAUGUUCGCGGGUAUACAAAACAUGAGUCAAGCGGAGCUGAGAAACCUGGUACUUAUCUUGGCAUUGUGGAAAAGCUUGAUCACUUAAAGGAUCUCGGUGUGAAUUGCAUAGAAUUAAUGCCAUGCCAGGAAUUUAAUGAGUUGGAGUACUACAAAUACAAUUCGGUUAUGGGUGACUACAAGUACGCCAUUUUUGUCAUUCCUUCUGAAAUUCAUCCUGUUAUCAUGCAUGUCUUUUUACUUUGGGAAAGAGAGUCUUCGUGCAGAUAACAAAAUGACUUAUAGCCAAAAAAAGCUUUAUAAAUAUAUGAAUUUUUUUGAUGAUUUGUUAGGCAGCUGUAGUCUUUGAAUAUCCACCUCUAUAGUUUUGUAUGCACAAUUGGAUGACCUCGUGGUAAAGGGAUGUAAAAACAUCCAACCCACCAUACAUUCAAACCUUAAGGCCAACCCCACUUCUAAAAAGAAAAAAAAACUUAUGCAAAUGUUUAUGUCUCCCUACUCAGGUUCUAUCCUUGUGACGGAGGUAAGUCAUCAUGACUCAAAUAAAUAUCGACAUGCUUGCUUGCCUGGAUUGUAAUGCAAGAUGUUUGUGCAUUAUGAAUCUUCUGAUUCCGAUAUGAUAUCUCUGCUUUCCUCCAGAAUGAACUUUUGGGGAUAUUCAACUAUCAAUUUCUUUUCACCUAUGACGAGAUAUUCAUCUGCUGGUACACGUAAUUGUGGCCGUGAUGCCAUAAACGAAUUCAAGCUUCUUGUUAGAGAAGCACAUAAGCGAGGAAUUGAGGUGUUCAUGGACGUUGUUUUCAAUCACACAGCAGAAGGAAAUGAAAAAGGCCCUAUCCUUUCUUUCAGAGGGCUUGACAACAGUGUCUACUACAUGGUUGCUCCAAAGGGAGAGUUCUAUAAUUAUUCAGGCUGUGGGAACACAUUCAACUGCAACCAUCCUGUUGUGCGCCAGUUCAUAGUUGACUGCUUAAGAUAUUGGGUAUUGGAAAUGCAUGUAGAUGGAUUUCGCUUUGAUCUUGCUUCAAUUAUGACCAGGGGUAGUAGUCUAUGUGAUGCUGCUAAUGUAUUUGGAAGUCCAAUGGAAGGUGACUUGUUGACUACCGGAACACCUCUUGGCAGUCCUCCAUUGAUUGACAUGAUAAGCAAUGAUCCUGUACUUCGAGACGUAAAGCUUAUUGCAGAAGCAUGGGAUGCUGGGGGCUUGUAUCAAGUUGGUACCUUUCCUCAUUGGUGUAUUUGGUCAGAGUGGAAUGGGAAGUAUCGUGAUGUUGUCAGGCAGUUCAUUAAGGGUACAGAUGGCUUUUCUGGGGCAUUUGCUGAAUGCCUAUGUGGGAGCCCCAACUUAUACCAGGCAGGAGGCAGGAAACCUUGGAAUAGCAUCAACUUUGUGUGCGCCCAUGAUGGUUUUUCGUUAGCGGAUUUAGUUACCUACACCAACAAACAUAACUUGGCCAAUGGGGAAAACAACAAUGAUGGAGAAAACCAUAAUAAUAGUUGGAACUGUGGACAGGAGGGAGAGUUCGCGAGCAUUUUUGUGAAGAAAUUAAGGAAAAGACAAAUGCGGAAUUUCUUUCUCUGUCUCAUGGUUUCUCAGUUUGUCCAACAAGAAACAAGGAGGCUGGAAGUAUGUCACUGUGGAUAAUUUUCGAGCAUAGAAAAGUGUACCGAUGCAGCAAUCCUUCAUGCCUGUACUUUCUGGGGCUAGGUUCUAUUAACAGAUUGAAGCAUUCGGGCUCAGCUUUAUUCUUACGUUGGAUGCUUGACUGGUUCCUUUUUUAGGGUGUUCCCAUGAUAUACAUGGGUGAUGAAUAUGGUCACACAAAGGGGGGGAAUAACAACACAUACUGUCACGACAACUAUAUAAACUAUUUUCGCUGGGACAAGAAGGACGAAGCAUCGUCAGACUUCUUCAGGUUUUGUCACCUCAUGACCAAUUUCCGCCGGGAAUGCGAAUCUUUGGGCUUGAAUGACUUCCCAACUGCUGAGAGGCUACAAUGGCAUGGUCAUGCUGUCGGCGUGCCUGACUGGUCAGAAACAAGCAGAUUCGUUGGCUUUUCCCUGGUUGACGCGGUGAAGGGAGAGAUCUACAUCGGGUUCAAUGCUAGUCACCUGCCGGUAACCAUCUCACUCCCUGAACGUCCAGGAUACAGAUGGGAGCCAUUGGUCGACACGGGGAAAGCUGCACCGUUUGACUUCCUUGCCGAGGAUCUGCCUGGGAGAGAGGUGGCCAUUCAGCAGCUUGCACACUUCCUGGAUGGCAAUUUAUACCCAAUGCUCAGUUACUCUUCCGUCAUUCUCAUCUUGAAGCCCGACCUCACCAGUUGCAGCUGAAAGCAAGCCAGCCAAGUCUAGAUGCAGAAUCAAGGUCGACAUUUUCCUUGUAAAUAAGAUUGUGCCGUGUCGUAGUUUGUAGUAUGUAUAGUUAGUACUGCUGCUGCUGUGCUACGGGCGUGCCUGCUUCUGAUGCUGCAAUAAUAACGAUUGGCCUUGGUCUCUUGUGCAAACAAUGUCAUUCUUGUCCAAAUAUAACCUACACAUUUCUGUGACCAGUGAGCAGCUUUGCUAGGGAUUACAAUCAAACCUGCAACUGCAGCAAGUAUUUCACCACCUCCGACCUAGUCAAUGAGGAAAUUUCGGAUUGACUGGGUAUGAGGUGGAUAAUAGGUAAAAUCCGCUAAAUAUUUGAUGGGGAUGAAGCGAGUAUAGUCUUAAAAUCCCCACCCACCCACAUACCAGCCC